AUGGGGAGGAGUGCUGCGCGCGCCCGACCAGCCGUCGUCUGGGUGCUGGAGCACCACGUGGCCUACAGCGUCUCGUACCAGGUGCCGCUGCUGCUGUUCGGCGGUCGCGAGCUGUCGGGACGGCCGCUCUCACUGGAGCAGCUGUGGGCGCUGGUACCCGCGGUGUACGGCGCGCGCAUGGCGACGGACCGCUGGAGCACUGUCUCGCAGCUGGAGCACCCGGUGCUGCAGCGGCCCUGGUUCGCCGUCCACCCGUGCAACACCAGUCGGCUGAUGGAGCGGGCGUUGGCGACCGGCGGCCGGCAGACGUGCAGGGCCGAGGUUGGGGCGAUCAGCAGUGACGCAGCCCAGGACGAGUGGGCCUACCAGUACCUGCUGCUCUGGCUAAGCACGUUCGGCCCUCUCAGUGGCCUGCGGGUGUCCGAAGCGUAUGCGACCGAGUGCUGA